AUGAAAUUUUAUCUUGUUGGACUUUUGGUUUUGAUUGCUUCCUUAGCUGUUCUCGUCAUCGGAGCUCCAGCUCCACAAACCACCAAAUCUCCAACGAGCAACCAAAACACCAAAUCUCCAAAGGGCAAACAAAAUAUCAGCCCUCCAAAGGGCAAACAAAACACCAAAUCUCAAAAGAGCAAACAAAACACCCCUCCAAAGAGCAAGCAAAACACCAAAUCUCUAAAGAGCAACUCAAACCCCGACCCUCCAAAGAGCACCAACCCUCCAAAGAGCAACAACUCUACAUGUUUCCAAAAAGACAACGCGAUACAAGCUGAGAAUCUCCAAAAGAAAUUUGAUACUUUAACCACGAGUUCUCCAUGUAAUCCCGGCGAUAACGCUUGUAUUAAUGGUCAAUUCGCUCAAUGCUCUGGUAAAAACCAAUGGUCUCUUCAAAAAUGUAACGCUGGUUUAACAUGUUGUGCGCUUCCCCUUCGAAACAAACCAGGCACUUCAGUCGCUUGUG